CGUUUUGUGCCUGCCUUCUUUUUCAACGUCGCGUCACUGGCGACUGCGGCGGACACCGUCCGUACUACCUGGCUCGUGCCCGUAGCCCCAUUAUUUUCCGACGCUUGGCUAGCUUUGCCGAGGAUCGUAUGCUAGCUGCUAGCACGACACGGAUCGCACUCCGCGCGAGUGGCAAGGUAGCUAGCACCAUGUAGCACAGACCGGCUUGGCGCAAAGCCACGGCCUCUAUGCCACGGCCACGGACGACCGGCCGCAUCGGUGGGUGCAUCGGCUGCGGCGGCAGCACUGUCGAGCUGUCGACAUACAAGACGCGCUAGGGACGUGCUUUGCAACCGGAAGGCGUCCCCGGCUGUGUCGAGCGGCUGAUGCUACGUCCCGCCAAAGAUCGAAGAUGUGCUUAACCCGGUGCACUUAGAACCUUCAUCGCAUGUAAGAAAACGAAGCAUUAGCCAGCCUCUAAGAAUCAAGGUGUUCUACGAUAAAAGCGUUUUCGGGUUGCAGCCGGAGAAAUUCGGGAUAAUAAAUGACACAAUCUUACCUGAGGCACUUGCGUACUGGGAGAGGACUCUUAUGGUCAGGCCAACUCUAGUGCCUAUAAGGUUAAACAGGAAAUGUCCAAACAACCAAGCCUUCUCACCAGAUCAGGACCCGUACCUUUACUGCAAUGAACAUUGCGAGAACGAGACAACCUGUGGCGAAGUAGUCGUCCCUGAAGAGCAUUUAGAGCCUUGCAGAGUAUGUGACCGCACGGGCCGCUACUGCCGGACAAAGGGGAGUGCUGGCCGAGGUAUACCUGAUGCUGACUUUGUGUUUUACGUGUCAGCCAUGCAGACUGAUCGCUGCUUCAAGGGCCAAACCGUUGCUUAUGCGGCCCAUUGUCAGCAAGAAGCGUCAACUGAUAGACCUAUUGCUGGCCACGCCAACCUCUGUCCCGAUUCAAUCUCUACAAAGCCACAAGAUAUGGACACCCUGCUGUCCACUGUGAAACAUGAAAUUCUUCAUGCCUUGGGUUUUUCGGUGAGCUUAUAUGCAUAUUUUCGUGACAAAAAUGGCUAUCCCUUGACACCUCGAGAACGGAAUGGAAAACCAGCAGUGAACAAAGAGUUGCAGACACACAAAUGGAGCGACCGUGUCAUGAAGAAAAUUAUUAGGCAUGACUGGAAGAUACAUAGUGGAUCUAUGAGCAAGGAAUUUUGGAUCAUGGUUACACCUCGUGUUGUGGCAAAAGUUAGGCUCCACUUCAACUGCUCAGAACUGAAAGGUGCUGAGAUGGAAGACCAAGGGGAGGAUGGAACAAGGCUGACACAUUGGGAGAAGCGGCUGUUUGAGAAUGAAGCAAUGACUGGAACCCAUACCCAGAACCCGGUGUAUUCAAGGAUUACCUUGGCUCUCAUGGAGGAUACAGGGUGGUACCUUCCGAACUAUGACCAAGCACAGCCGCUCAAGUGGGGCCACAACCUCGGCUGUGACUUUGCUCUCAAGAGCUGCAAGGAAUGGAUUGACAACCGUCGAGAGAGGGGCCUGACCAUCCAUCCCUUUUGUGACAAAGUGAAGAAAGAUCCCUUGGAGACAGAGUGCACAGAGAGCCGAGAUUCUGUUGCCUUGUGCAAUCUAGUCGACCACGGUGAAUACCUGCCUAAGAGGUUUCAGAAUUUUGAUUAUAUCCCUGGUGUGCCUUCCACAGACCUAGGCAGACACGGUGGUUCUGUAAUACUGGCAGACUAUUGCCCUUACAUUCAGGAGUUCACUUGGAAAGCGAAAAACACUGUCGUACGAGGAUCACAAUGCCAGUUUGAAGAGAACAGUCCUCAGGAUGAAAAGAACUUUGCGUUGGAGUACUAUGGGCCUGGCUCCAAGUGCUUCAACCACAACAAGGAGAUGUGGCAGGAACGGACAUGCAGCCAAGUGCGCCAGUGGCAGCACUGGGGCAGUGGUUGUUACAAGUACUCGUGCUCCAGUGGGCGACUACACAUAGAGGUGGCCAACCACACAUACACAUGCUACCACUCCAAGCAAGAGAUCCGGAUUCAGCUGUAUGCCAAUGGCUGGCUCCACAUUGGUGCUAUUGUGUGUCCGUCAUGCCGUGAUGUCUGCACAGAUGAUAGCAUGGAGUGUGAUGCAGACUUGGUGAAGGCAAGUUACGUCCUGGCCGAGAAGCAGUUCCACAAGGACAUGCUGUAUUGUCACAGUGUGGACCUUCACGCUAGCACCGUGCUGUGCGUAGCACUAUGCCUUCUGGUUGUCAUUAGGUGACAAAUGCUUUUUACUUGGGACGUGAGGUGAAUAUCACCUGUUUGACCAUUUUGUGACAAAGGAGCAAACUUACCAGGAAGUGCACCAACUGUAAAUUGUCAUCCCAAUCAGAAUUUGAAGCAUAUCACAGUGAUGGCUUAAGUGUUACGCUGGUAACAUAAAGGAGCUCUGCAAAACCUACUGCUCUACGUUAGACAAAGCUCCCUGCACCACAUGCAAUGGUCACAGUACUCUUCACAUGCAAGCACACGGAGCAUUUCUUUCUGGUAAGGGCAGGGCAGUGGUUCACUGGCAGUUCAGUCAUGGCAAUAUACAAAACACAUAUUGUUGUCAUAGUAAUGGUGUCAUUCUUUCUGUAAUUAUCGAGUUAGAAAUGAGUAAAUAUAAGUAAGUGACUAAAUAAGGUGGAAAGCAGCCGGCUUGGAACCUUGACUCUUUUAAUUCGGAGUCAGGUUCUUCACCCAAAUGCACCACCUGAUCCUGGUUGAUGGGAAGCUGUCGAUUGGCACAACAUAUAUGCCAGAAAGAUGCGAUGCUUUGUGGUGCAUCUGUUGGUCUCUGCAAAAGAACAGACCAGAGGAAGUUCUGGUGUGUUUCACACAGCACUGGAACGGAACCAUUGGUGAGGGAGCUGAUUGAGAACAGUCACUACGCUGUAUCACAUGACAUCUCUGCAAGGAAAAUUUUUUUCUAUUACGUCAUCAGGACAGUCCCUAUGCACAGUUGUCCUGCCUUUAUUUUUUUUACCCACCUGUAAAUGGGUUCUGGUCUCCUCUUCCUCAACACCUGCGAAUUGUGGCUUUCAUAUGUAGCAAGGACAAUGUUGCUUCUUUACAAGUGUGCCUGUUAAAUGCAAAAAUGUUUGUGUAUUUAGGAUUAG